AGCGCCAUCUCUCUAUAGGGCUCUGGGUAGGUGGUGUUAAAGAUGGAGGAAUGAAGAAUUUCGUGUUUCUUGCAAGAAGACGCUUGAGCUCACUUCUUUUACUCUGGAUAAACGUGGACUAAGAUGGAGGCGGACAGUGGAUUGUGAUACUCGUAUGGGACAAAACAGUUCGCAGAUUGGCAGAAUGACGUCACCCGUCUGUGUGAUUGUGGUGGGAGCUGGUAGUCGAGGGGAGAACUACUCCCAGUUUGCUUCUAUUCAUCCUAAACGCAUGAAGGUUGUCGCAGUAGCUGAUCCAAGAAAGUUUGCUCGCACCAAACUGCAACAGCAGCACAAAAUCGAAGAUAAAAAUGUAUUUGAAGACUGGCAGAGUAUAGCUGAAAGAGAAAAGUUUGCCGAUGCCGUGUUAAUUUGCACUCCAGAUCGUGUUCAUAAGGAUCCUGCUGUGGCCUUUGCAAAGAAGGGCUACCACAUCCUUUUGGAGAAACCCAUGGCAACAACUGCAGAGGACUGCACAGCGAUAGUGGAGGCUUGUACUCAAAAUGGCGUCAUGCUGUCGGUGGGCCACGUUCUCCGAUAUGACCCAGUUAUUCACAAAAUAAAGGAGCUCAUUGAUGCUGGAGUGAUUGGCCAUGUGAUCCAUAUACAGCACCUGGAGCCGGUUGGAUUUUAUCACUUUGCUCAUUCAUUUGUUCGAGGGAAUUGGAGGAAUGAAGCAGAAAGCUCUUUUGCCCUGCUUGCAAAAUCUUGCCAUGACAUCGACCUAAUACAUCACUGGGCUGGAGCGCGCAGAUGUGUAAAAGUCUCAUCAUUUGGAUCUGUCAGCCACUUCCAAAAAGAAAAGAAGCCAACAGGUGCUGGAAAUCGCUGCCUGGACUGUUCCAUAGAAAGACAGUGCCCGUACUCAGCAUGCAAAAUCUACCUGGACAGAGUGAAACGAGGUCACACUGGGUGGCCAGUAUCAGUCAUAUGCUCCAACUCGUUACCCGACAUCGAAUCAGUAACGGAGGCUCUGAGGACUGGACCGUACGGCCGCUGUGUCUAUGAGUGUGACAAUGAUGUCUGCACCAACCAGGUUGUCAACAUGGAGUUUGAAGGCGGGUUGACAGCAGCCUUCUCGAUGGUGGCGUUCACUGAGGAGAUAUGCAACCGAAAAACAACCAUUUAUGGCAGCAAGGGGGAGUUGUGCUAUAGCGACCAAGAGAUUCGUGUGUUUGACUUUCUGACUGAAAAAACAACAAAGCACACAGCAAGCUGUGAUGCGCUCAGACACUAUGGCAUGGGUGGGCAUGGUGGGGCAGACUACCACCUCAUGAACGCCUUCAUUUCUGCUGUGGCAAAUAAUGAUCCGUCCCUGAUUCGAUCAGGACCUGAGGAAACGCUGGUGAGCCAUUUGCUUGUGUUUGAAGCUGAGCGAUCGCGAGUGGAGAACAGGGUGGUGUACUGCGAGGACUAUAGUCGGAGCUAAAAAGAUGACAAAGCAUUAGUAUGUUUGUUAUAACUACUAAAGAAUGAAACUGGUAUUUUGUGCCAGCAUGAGUACAAAUGAAAGGCCCUAAAUCUUGAAUGGUGUGUAAUAAUUUGAUAGCAGUUUGUGUUUG